AUGAAAGUUGUUCACGCCGUGCAUGCCUACUUGAGCCAUGGUAUUCGGCGUGUUCGAGUCUCCCCUGCUGAGACUCUAGACGCUGUGUGGGACUUUGCCCGCCGCUAUUUUUUCACCCUUGCCUUUUUCUCGUUGUUCAGCGCAAAACUGCUUCACCUUUACGCUCAUUUAUAUUCAUUGCCUGCACCUAGAUUUUUUCUUUGGGGUAUAACAUUCUUUUUCCAAGAUGUGGCUAUUCUAUUGCUGUUCCGCAUCUUCGCUCAGAAGAUCGCGUGGCGACCGGGGGCUGCCCUGUUAGCGCUCAUGGUGAUCCCAUCUAGUCUGAUCGUUUCGUUCAUGGCAUCCGCCAACGCCUCCUUUUAUAUCUUCACCGGUGCCGAGAUCCACUGGCGCCAAGCCAAAUCUUUCAAUGGCGACGCAGCUGCCAUUCACACACUUCUUACCGGUUUGACCGGGUUCUUGAUUUUCGAGGGUAUCCUCUUGACAAUCUCCCUGUUCACUGCCCGUCCAAUCCACGCCUUCACCGGAGGAAUCCUACACGUAUGGGCCUGGCCCUUCCGAUGGGUCUUUGCGCGGGUGCGUCCGUACCUAGCACCCCUAGAGCAGCGGUUCUGGCCCAAAUCGAAAGAAACUUCCCUCCCCGAUCCCCGAAUCUACGAACAGAUCGCCAUGGAAGACGCGGAGGAUAGCGACAACGAGGAAGGAGACCACCUCUUGAACACACAAUUGCCCAACCCUCUCCCGGAGUCGAAGCGGGUGACCGAUGGUGUUCCCCAACGGGCACUUAUCCUCGGACUUUUUAGUUUGUUUCUAUUCCUUCGCUUCAUGCGACCCUCCGACCCAGUAUAUAUGUAUUUAUCUACCACCUUACCCUUGACUACCUUGGUUGAGGGCGGUCACCGCAACUCGCCUGUCGAUACUACCGGUAUGCCCGGCUACUAUGAUUAUUUGGAGGGUGCCACCGCGUUGCACCCACCGCCUCGCUUCAGCUGGAUACCAAAUGAGCCCAUGGAUGGCUUCAACGACUGGGAGAAAACUGACCCAUUGGCCCUGCACUACUCCCCGCAAAACGACCCGCUGUUCAUCUCCAACCUGCAGAAGCCUGUGUUGGCUGAGAUUCAGAAUGCGCUGGCCAGCGGUGAUGUCAAGAUCAAGCACAUCGUCUUCUUGAAGCUCGAAAGUGCACGUAACGAUAUCUUCCCCCUGCAGAAGGACAACUUCAUGUGGAAGCGCAUCGCGGAAACCUGGAAAGACAAGAAGAUUCCCCCCGAGGUUGAAGACCGUAUCGCCAACUUGACACGCACGGCGGAGUUCUUGACCAACUUCCCCACUGGAUUCGAGCACGAUGACAACCGGUUCAACGGCCGCAAGGCGUACGGUGGUCUCAGCGCUAAAAACGCCAUCACCUCGUCCACCUACACUCUCAAGAGUUUGACGGGUAGUCUCUGCGGUGUGACACCGCUUGUCGCCGAUUUCAACCGCGAGUUCGAGCACCACAUCUACCAGCCCUGUCUGCCCCAGGUGUUUGAUAUGUUCAACAAGCAGGCAGACAUCACCAGCGAGACUGAUGACUUCGCCAAGUGGCCGUGGCACUCAACUUUCAUGAUGUCCGUCACUGAAAUGUACGACAACCAGAACAAGUUGACUCCUCACCUGGGCUUCAAGAACAAAGAGACCAAGGAGACCAUCACCAAGCCCGAUGCAAAGCACUACCCCGUGAAGAGUGCCGAAGUUAACUACUACGGGUACCCCGAAAUCGAACUCAAGGAAUAUAUCCGCGAUGCCAUCGAUGACGCCGAGCGUGACCACCAGCGUCUUUUCCUCACCCAUCUGACCAGCACAACCCACCACCCAUGGGGAAUUCCCAACGAUGCCUUCGAGAAGAUCAUGGGCUCCACCGCCGGACCCAACAACGACCUCAACCGCUACCUGAACUCAAAAAGGGCAUCGCAAACGAGACCCUCUUCGUUAUGGCCGGCGAUCACGGCCUCUCUCCCCAAUGACGGCGGCGUAACACCCUACGACAACCCGCACGUCGGCAGCUUCAAGGUGCCCAUCGUCAUCGCACACCCCAAAUUACCCCCCGUGCAAAUCGACAGCCCAGUAAUCAAUAGCCAAAUCGUGCCCACAAUCAUCGACCUCCUAAUCGAAUCCGCCUCCCUCAGCAUCGACAGCGCAAAGGCCGCGCGGGACAUCCGCGGCCUCUACGAAGGCCAAUCCCUCAUCCGCCCACAAAUCGUCGAACAAGACGGCCACGAAGCCUGGCAAUUCACCGUCAUGAACACAGGCGGGUCCUGGCUAUCCGUGCGCUCUGCUGCACGCCCCGAAUUCCGCCUCGUCAUCCCACUCGUCGACGACGUCGAGUGGCGCUUCUCCGACCUCUCCAAAGACCCAGACGAGCUAAGCCCCAUUGAGCGCUUCAGUCUCGUCGACCUCGCUACUACCAUCGAAAAGGAGUACGACCAAGAGGCUCUCAGCUGGCUAUAUAAUGGCGCCUACGUUGCGAACUGGUGGGUCAGCGAGAACUGGGAUCGCUGGAGGUUCUCGCCCGAAGCCGAGAAGAAUAAAACCAAGUCGGCUUCAUGA